GAUCCCGUGACACCUCGGGCUUCUGUCACAUGAUGGGCCCUGGCCCACUGUGCCCCUCCCACUCCAAUAAAGGCUCUGCCGCAGCUGAGAGAGCCUGAGUCACUCCACAGGAAGCCAGAAGCUGCAGGAGAAGGACCCCGGCCUGUAGUCCUCACUAAGGUGGCCUCCAACUCAGGAUUCUCCUGCCUCAGCCUUUGGAGUAGCUGGAAUUACAGGUGUGGGCAGGAUGGACGCCAACUUCUCCAUCCCUCUGAAUGGAUCUGAAGAGUCUCUCUAUGAGUCCGCUGGCUAUGCGGCCCUGCGGAUACUCCCACUGGUGGUGCUGGCAGUCACCUUUGUCCUUGGGGUGCUGGGCAAUGGGCUGGUGAUCUGGGUGGCUGGCUUCCGCAUGACGCACACGGUGACCACCAUCUGUUACCUGAACCUGGCCGUGGCUGACUUCUCCUUCACGGCCACCCUCCCCUUCCUCAUUGUCUCCAUGGCCAUGAGGGAACAAUGGCCUUUUGGCUGGUUCCUCUGUAAGUUGGUUCACAUUGUGGUGGACAUCAACCUGUUCGGAAGUGUCUUCCUGAUCGCCCUCAUCGCUCUGGACCGCUGCAUCUGCGUCCUGCAUCCGGUCUGGGCCCAGAACCACCGCACCGUAGGUCUGGCCAAGAAGGUGAUCCUGGGGCCCUGGAUUCUUGCCCUGGUCCUCACGUUGCCGGUUUUCAUCUUCUUGACCACGGUCAGGGAUCCGGCUGGGAACGUGUACUGCACCUUCAACUUUGGGUCCUGGGGUGACACCAUUGAGGAGAAGCUGAGGGUGGCCAUCACCAUGCUGACCGUUAGAGGGAUCAUCCGCUUCGUCGUCGGCUUCAGCAUGCCCAUGUCCAUCGUCGCCGUCUGCUACGGCCUCAUCGCUGCCAAGCUCCACAGGAAGGGCAUGAUCCACUCCAGCCGCCCGCUGCGGGUCCUUACUGCUGUGGUGGCCUCCUUCUUCAUCUGCUGGUUCCCCUUCCAGCUGGUGGCCCUUCUCGGCACGGUCUGGCUCAAAGAGAUGUUGCUCGCUGGUAAGUACAAAAUCCUCGACGUCCUGGUCAACCCCACAAGCUCGCUGGCCUUCUUCAACAGCUGCCUCAACCCCAUGCUCUACGUCUUCAUGGGCCAGGACUUCCGGGACAGGCUGGUCCACUCCCUGCCGGCCAGUCUGGAGAGGGCCCUGAGCGAGGACACGGCCCAGUCCAGCAGCACAGCCACCAACUCUUCCUCGCUUCCUGCAGAGGUCGAGUUACAGGCAAAGUGAGGAGGGACCCGGGACAUGGGGAGCUCUGCCUGGUCCCACCCGGUUCCCAGCUCCCGAUUCCUCUUCCCUCGAGCCAUGCUCUUAUUUACCCUGAAAAAGUCGUUCUGUGUCCCCUGAUUUGAGGGGAAAGAAACAGACUGUGGGACUACUCUUGGUGCCAUUUUUGGUAUUUGACCUCAGCUUGUACCUUGGACUAGGUGGAGGUGGAAGAAGAGUCCAAGAGAGAAGAGUGACAUGAAUUUAUAAGACUCAGAUAAAAGAGUAUAUGUGACGGGUAAAACUAUAUCACUUCAUCAUGAAAUGAAAGGUUCACUGUAGGCUUUUUGUAUCUAUUUUUAAAAUAUCAGACUAGAUUAGUUUCCUCCUAUUCCUUGUUUGCUAAAAAUUCCCCUUUUAAAAAAACCACGAGUGGUUGGAUUUUAGCAAAUGCAUUUUCUACUUAUAUAAAGAUCACAUCUUUUUCAUCCGUUUAUCAUAAAUGGGAUUGACUCAGUGUCCCAUCACCCUUGUCCUCCUGGAAGACAGCACACUCACCCUGCCGUAUUUAUGUAUUUAUGAUCUGUCUCACUUGAUUGCUUUGGAAUCUGUGCCUAUGCAAGGACGGCUCUCUUAUUUUACUUUUCUCUGUUGUCCUUGUUACAUUCUACAUCACACUUAGAAUGGUCUCCUAAAAGGAGUUGGGAAGUAAGUUCUCUGAUUCUAUUUUCUGGUGUUACAUCCUUCUUAAAUGUUUGGAGAAACUCACUAGUGAAGCCAAUGAAUCUUGGAUUUUUUUCCUGGGAAGAUUUUUAAUAACAGGUUCAAUUUCUUUAAUAGUAAUGAUUCAAUUUUCCCUUCCUUCUCUUUCAGUUUUGGUAAACUGUAAUUUUCAAGGAUGUAGUUGUUUUCUCAAAACUGUCAAAUAGCCUGAAAAAACAAAAUUGUAUACAGAACUUGAUAUGGUUUCUUUUAAGCAAUGAGAAUGUAAUAUCCGAAGGCAGAGAUUCCGCUCUGUGUCUCUCACUGAUGGAUCCUUAUCCCCCAUGUAUAAAAUAAUGACUGUUAUGUUGAUUGAAUGAAUGAAUAAAUACUUAGUGAAUUAAUGGAUUAAUAAACAAUAGU